UGCAUCCUUUAUGGUCUGAUGGAUUCGUCCACACUUUGCUUCCCCGGAAUCCUUGCCUCUCGGAUAGGCCUCAGGACAAGUGUACAAGCAGGGGACGUGUCUCCCUCACCCUCUCUGGGGACCCAAGCAUGCUACCGGGUAUGGUUUGCGGACUCCGCUCCCUGCGCGUGGCUGCGGUUGCUAUGGAAACGGCGGAAAAUAACAACUCCGUUCCCCUAUGGGUGUACGCAGCCCUCGUGCUGUAGUAGCCGUAACAGCAGUAGCAGCAGCAGCAGCAGCAGCAGCAAAGUCCAGCACCGCCGCUGGCCCACCGCGCUAGCGUAGGAGCCGCUCGAGCCGCUCGCCCAGCUCAAGCCCAGCAGCCACGCGAGCUUGUGAGAGAGUCAGCCCACGACCCCGCGCGAGCCCCUGAUUCCCGGGGAACAGCCACCUGCAGCAGUAGCCUCAGCCGCAGCUACGGUCGCGGACUCCUGGCCGGAGAACCCAGGCAAGGCCCACUUGUUUGGUUAAGCCAAAGACCUAGCUGCACCUGUGUGCAGUCUUCUGGACCAGGCAAGUGUCGUGAGAAGAACUCGUUGUUAUAGAAAUAUAGCUGUAGACUGUGCCUCAGCUCUGACAGCUGCUGAGAAGCCAGCAAGCACAAGAGGAGAAAAGCAGGAAGGAGGUGGUCCUGUGGUAGAAGAUGAGCAGCACCAGUACGAGAUCCAACUGCCUGACUCAGCCAGUAGUUAAGAGUGUACUGGUGUAUCGAAAUGGAGACCCCUUCUUUGCUGGACGCAGAGUGGUCAUCCAUGAGAAGAAGGUGUCCAGUUUUGACGUCUUUCUGAAAGAAGUGACAGGUGGGGUACAGGCACCCUUCGGAGCUGUCCGAAACAUCUAUACCCCUCGGGCAGGCCACCGAAUCCGGAAGCUAGACCAGAUUCAGAGUGGGGGGAACUACGUGGCAGGGGGCCUGGAAGCCUUCAAGAAACUCAACUACUUGGAUAUAGGAGAACCAAAGAAGAGGUCAAUGGAAGUUAAUUCAGAGGUAAAACCUGUAAUCCAUAGUAGGAUCAACGUGUCAGCAAGAUUCAAGAAACCACUUCAGGAGCCCUGUACUAUCUUCUUGAUCGCUAAUGGAGACCUGAUAAGUCCAGCAUCACGCCUCUUCAUCCCCAGAAAAGCCUUGAAUCAGUGGGAUCUUGUACUUGAAAUGGUCACAGAGAAAAUAACCCUAAGGAGUGGCGCUGUGCACAGACUUUAUACGUUAGAAGGAAAACUUGUCCAAAGUGGGUCAGAGUUGGAGAAUGGACAGUUUUAUGUAGCAGUUGGCAGAGACAAGUUUAAGAAAUUGCCUUACAGUGAAUUACUUUUUGACAAGUCAACAAUGAGAAGGCCAUAUGGUCAGAAAGCCUCUUCAUUACCUCCUAUUGUUGGAUCCAGAAAAUCUAAAGGGAGUGGAAAUGAUCGUCAGUCCAAGUCAACUAUUGGUUCCAGUGACAAUUCAUCCCCCCUGCCUCCCAAGAGAAGAGGAAAGAAAGAGGAACUUUCAAAUUCAGAAAAACCCGGUAAAGUGAAACAAAGUACAAAUCCAAAGACACCAACACCUGUGGUAACACCACCAAACAAUGUCAGGCUUUUUGGUUCAUCGACCUUAUAUGGAGGGCAUCACAUAGUUAUAUUUGAAGAUGAAGGCAUUUUCAAAGCUGGAGCAGAGAGAUCAGAAAUGGAGGGGGCAGCAGAAGUCCAAGAAGAUGAAGACACUCAAGUUGAGAUUCCAGUUGAUCAGAGGCCAGCAGAAAUAAUAGAUGAAGAAGAAAAUGGAGGGAAAGAAAAUGAAGAAACGGAGGGAGAGAAGGAGGAUUUGCCAGAAGUUAAUGGUGAUGGUGACGAGAAAGAAGUCAAGAAAAGCCCUGAAGAGGGGAGUGUUGAUCCCCCACGAGUAAAUGGCACAAAUGAAGAAAAUGGUGAAGAACUGGAUGAUGUUACCGACAAUGAGCAUCAUCAGAAGACAGAGGAAGAGAUUAUAUUAGCACGAGGCGAUGGUGGUGGUCCAAAGGAGGAUGAAUCAGAACCUCAAAGACCACCAAGGCCUGAAGUAAAAAUCACUAGUCCACAGGAAAAUGAUAACAAUGAACAAAACAAGGAGUAUGCUGCUGUGGCAUAGAUGCUUAAAAAUGUGGAUUAUAAGAAAAAUUAAGGGUUUCAUAUGAUACUUGAAUUUUAAACACUGUUAUUUGUGGUUGUUACACAUAAUGUGGCAGAACAGCUGAAAACUACCUAUUGAAUUUCAAAAUUAUAAUGGAGAAUAGCAAGAAUAAUCACAUUAAUAUCUAAAAUUCCUUAGUUGGUAUGUGUGUGUAUGUUUUUUUUUUAAAGCCAUCUAAAAGAGUUAAAUGUUAGGAAUUUGGGUGACCCUUCCUCCUCUGUAAUAGGUUAACAAUCAUAAUUGGAUAAAUUUCAAUGUGCUCCAACUUUAGAAUUUUAAUAAUAAGAUUGUUAAAUGAAGAGACUAUUUUUAAAAUCUCAUUCAAAAAAGACCCAGAAUACUUUGUGAAUUUCAAUGGAAAAUGUAUGUAACAAACCUUAGGGUAAUAAACGUUAGAAAGCAUGAGUUGCAGUUCAUUUUUAGCUUUAUAAUUUAAAAAUAUCUUUAAUCUCCUGUGUUCUUUUUAGAUGCUUGCAUUUCCUUUCUCCCUCUCCAGCCAAAAUCUUUAUUACCUUUCUGAUAGACCAAGCCAAGUUGUUUAUUUUCUGAGUAAGAGACUUAAUUUUACCAGGGUGUUCUAUGGGUCAUAUCACAUCAUAUAUCAAAUCAUAUCAUAUCAUAUCACUAUGCCUCAUCUUUAAAGCCUUUUCAGGUAUUAAAGCCUUGUAGGCUAAAUCAUACAUAGUAUAAAAGCUAGGAGUAUUUGGAAUUGGGGACAGAAAUGAAAUGAUCUAAUUUAUUUAUCUGCAUUAUUUUCAAGAUCACUUGGUCAGCGGAAAUAUUAUUCAUCUUGUAGAAUUUUUAUUCAGCCAGCCCUUGCCAAUCUUUCUCCUGCCUCUUGACUCAGUUUCUCAAUGGUCUGAAUAUUAGGAAAAAUGUUUCCAAACAAUUAAGAUUCUCAGAAAACAAAGGAAAAGAUAAGAAAGUAUAUAACAGUAUAUAAAAUUAUUUCCCCCCCUGCCCAGUUUCAUUAAGCUUGCUCUAUAGUUCCUACUAGAAAAACAAAAUCUGCAGCUAAAAGGGACCUUCAAGAUGAGCUGGUCCAACCUUUUCACCCUUCAGGUGAGGAAAUUGUGGCAAUGACUGGAAAAGUGGCUUACUAAAGAUUGUGUGAUUAGUUAGUGCCAGUGAGAACUAGAAAACAAAUCCAGAGACUUUCUACUAAGCUGUAUUGACCCUGAUUGCUUUAUGUCUCAGCUUAUUUUCACAGAUGAUUCAAUGAAAUUUUUAAGUGAAAAAGAAAGUCACUUUCCUAUUUUAGCUAUGCUACUAUUUUAAUAUUGGCUACUUUGAAUCUUCAAAAUAGCAAACUAUGUAGAGAAAACUUUUUGGGGAAAAUGCUAGAACAUUAAUGAAACCAGUUUCUGAUUAAGCUCCCACUUUAACUUUUGUUUUGUUAAUAACUAAACAUGAAAUAAUAAAAAAAAAAUUAGAGUUCAAUUGACUUAAGAUUCCAUUUACUUUGAUAGAUAAUUUGGAAAACAUUGCCAUUUUUUUUGUGUGACUAAGGAAUAAUGCUACUGUACUAAUAGAAAUAAUUCAUUUCUCUCAUAUAAAAGUAUUUUCAUUAUUUCAACAUAGGAAAUAAUUGAGACCUUUGCUUCUUAGAUACAACUAUUGCUACAUCUAUUGCAUCUUAUGGUUAUAAGUUCCUUCAAUUGGUUAAUUAGUAAAUCAUUCAUUUUUUCUCUCAUCCAACCAAGGAAUGUUUAAAAAAUACCUAUAUAUGUGUAAAAUAUUGUACUAGGAAUAAAAGAUGAAAAAAAUUAUAUAAGACACUGUCCUUGCCCCCAUGAAGCAGAUAAGAAACAAAUACAGAUAAACAUAAUACAUGAUAUUACAUGGAUCCAUACAUUUAAAUAGUUUCAAAAUGAAGUGUGCUUUCUGAGAUAGAAGAGAAGGCUGGAAAGACAGGAUGCCAGGUUGUGGAGGAUCUUGAAUGCCAGACAUAGGAAUUUCAUUGAACUUUAAUCAGUAGGCAGUAGAAAGCCACUGAUCAUUCGAUCAAGCCUUUGUGUUAAUAUAAAGGGUGAAUUGUAGGAUGUGGGAAGGAUGAAGGCAAGAAGACUUGUUAGGGCAGUUCUUGCAAUAAUCCCUAAGGUUGGUAAUGGGGGUCUUUUUUAUACGAGUGUAGUUGGAAAUAGAGAGUAUGGGACAAAUGAGAGCAAUAUUGUGGGGGUUGAAUCUCCAAAAAUCUAGUAAUGGAUUUGAUGUGAGGGUUGACUUUUCCCCUCUAGGUUCAAUAAUUAGUUAAAAUCAAAUUAGUUGACAUUACAAAAAAAGCAUAACAAUGUCUUGUAAAAUAGAUAUAUUUUCCCAAGUAUCUGUUUUCAUAUUUUCUAUAAAAUGUACAAAAAUUUUCUAAUGAAUCUAGCAGUAUUAGAAAAAUAUGAGGAUAUAAGGGCAUACUAUAUUAUUCUGGAAAUAAAUAGAUUCAUUCAUAAAUGUAUUUUUCUGAGAUAAAAUAUAAGAAUAAAGUUUCCAUUUGAUCUUUUAAGAAAUUAAAUAAAACUGGGGCAAUAAACCUGUAUUCCCAGAAAAAUUAACAAGAUGUUAUAAUAGACUUAAGUACUAUACUGUUACUCAUGUUUAAGUUUUUCUUUUUAAUUUUGGAGUUUAAUUAAAUGUAAAAAUCAAAUGUAAUAUUUUUGACUUGCCAGGAGUUGACUAUCAAAACCUUUUCCCUCCCUAUAGUAAUUCUUCCUCAUCCCUUUUCCAUUAUGUUAUCUAGUUUAGGCUAUUGAGGGAUCAUUUAAGGGUCAUUUCAGUGAAACAAAAGUUGAUUUUUUCCCCAAGGAAAAUAAUUAUAUUAGGUAUUUCAAGAUACCCUUCAGGGAUCUUUAAAACCCACAAUUACGAUAAUGUAAAGUUGAAAAAAGCAAUAGAUUCUUCCCUAAUAGAUGCAUGUUUUAUCAUCUUCUAACAAGACAUAAUUAUGACCUACCUUAAGAGAGAAUAAGGAGCAGCUAUCUUUUAAAAUACUUAAAAUAUAUAUACUACUAUAUCAUUAUUCAAAGUACCAUAUCUCCCCAGGGCCAGAAUCAUUCCCAGUGAAUGAAAAAAAGUUGUGUAUCACUUGGUAAUGAUCUAAAAUAAGUUGUCAAAAGUUAAUUCUCCUCCAAAAGAUACAUUUUUACCCCAAAGGAACAGUUUACUCUCUUAUAUCCACUACUUGGAUCAAUUUUACUGACAGUUUGGGGUACCAUUUGUAUUUGAAUGGAACAAAUAACCUAAAACCCCCUACAUUAAUCUCCAUUUUUUUUGUAUUGUUUUAAGAGGAGUGUAUUACUAAUAACUGACAACAGAGGUUUCUUGAUACUGAGCCAAAUCUAGAUUCAGGAUAACUGUCAUCAUUCAAGUAUAAGUAUAUGACCUUUUACUUGGAUUCUAUCUUUAUAACUUUCUUUUUCAUUUAUUUUUUGCUUCUUGAUUUUUAGUUUUAUACAAGUAUUGUGGCAAACUAAAUGUCCUUCAAGUUAGUGAGUGAAUAACUUACUGCCUAUUGGACUUUAGACAUGAGUUUAUAUAACCAAAUAAAACCAAUUUUAGUUACAUCUUAUUCAUUCCAAUAAUUAAACUAUUCCUCCUGAUUUUUUUCAUGUUUGUGGCCUUUAAAGUGUAAUAUUAUGGCCACAAAAUUGUAUUUUAUAAAUAUAUUAUAUUUUUAAUCAGAAUUUUCUAUACCCUAAUUUGCAUUAUGAGUAUUGGUUCCUGCCAUUUUCUAGUACCCAAAACCUUGUUAUUGGGACCAAAUGUUCUAAUGAAUUAACUGGCUAUACAUGUAUGCACACACACAGAGACAUUUAAAAAAAAAGAUCACUAGGCAUAAAGACAUUAUAAAGGAAGUGCUGUAUUAGUUGGAUGUGGGAGAAAAUAUUGGAAAGAAUGUUGGGGGUAGGAAAAGUGCCCUGGGUGUUGAUGGUGGGUCAUGGUUCUUUAAUGGCUUUCAAAAACAAAUAAGACUUAAUAUAUUUUCAAAGUCUGGAAACUAACAGCCAUUUUUAGAAAGAUAUUUUAGGAAGAGGUUUGAAGAGACAGAUUUAAAAGAGAUGUCAUAUAAAGAAUAUCUGCACAAAAUACAAAUUUUAAGUUAACCUGAAUUUCUGAGGUAACUACAGAGUACAGCACUUUCUCAUCAACCUUAAGCCUUACUUAAAUGCUUUUUAACUGUGACAGCAUCUCAUAUUGACAGUACUGUUAUCUUGCUUGUCUUUAUAGACUUUCUUAUAGAAUAUAUUAUUUGCUCUGGGUGUGUAUUUUUAAUGAUUUUACUUAAGUUUUAAUUUAAAGAAUAAUGGAAUCUUGGAAUAGGUAUUGGAGGUCAUUUAGUUCAACCUACUGCCUGAUACUGAGAUCCCUUGUAAUACAUCUGAGAGCUCAUCUUACUUUUGUUUCUAUAUCUUCAGUGAUAAUAACACUCACUAACUCAAAAGGCAGCACAGUCUUUUUUUUUGGACUGGUCCAAUUGUUAGAAAGUUUUUUCUUAUAUUGAGCUGAAAUUUGGCUCCCCUAAACUUUCAGCCUUUGGGUUUAAUUUUAUGCUCUGGAGCUAUGGAGAAUUCUUGAUAUCAGAACUUGUUAUAUUGGAUGGAGAUCCUUCACUAUUGUGGUUACCCUCCUUUGAACAUGCUUCAUUAUCCAGUUUUUAAUGUCUCUUUAAAAUAUGGCACUCAGAAUGGAACAUGACAAUUACAGAUGUGAUUAGAUCUGUUCAGUGUCACCCAUUAAAAACAAAUAACCAGGUAUAUCAAAAUAUAGUUUGAGAGGCAGACAUUUGGCCCGGGAACUUCACUGAAACAAUAAAGAAGGGACCUUAGAGAUCAGGGGUUCUUAACUUUUUUUUUUAUCAUGGAUUCCUUUGGCAAGCUGAUAAAAAUCUAUAGACUCGGGAGAAUGACACAUAGGAAACAGAGGAAAACACUUAUAUUGAAUGCAAUUAUCAAAACUUUUUAAACAAGUUCUAAGACCUCAGAUUAAAAACUCGACCUAGUCCAAUUUCAUCAUUUCCCAGGGGAUGAAACUGAAGGGCGAGAGGCUUAGUAACAUGAAAAUGACCACAUAGCUAGCUAUUAGUAGAGGGAGGACUCAAAUUUUAUUCUUCUCCUAAUCUAGUAUUCUUCCCCCUAUAUUAUACUGCUUACUAAAAAUGAAUGAUUCAUUAAACUUGCAUUCCUUACAUAAACACAACUUCUCAUUGUUUUGCCUUUUAAAAAUCCUCUUCACAUAGCUAGUGGUCUGUUUUGGGAUCUUAUGUAUGAACUGAGGACUUCCUAAUAUGAAAAUUUUGAAUAAUACAGUGAAGCCAUCCAGAUAGUGAGAAUCAAUUAGUCUAGUACUUGGGACCAGGCAUACAUUAUUACAGGGGAAUUGGGGAACCACUAAGGUCUUAUUACUAAAAAAGCUAAAAAAUCAUAGGCAAUAAACAAAGGCUUCUUUGUCUUUAGUCAGAAAAGACAGAUUGACUUUGGAUUUGUGAUUGCAGAAAGGUCUCAGAAGUUCAUCAGCUAAACUCUUUUCUUUUUGUGAAAAUGAAGCAUUUCUUGAAAGUAGCUAUUUCAAUCAUCUUUCAAUAUGUAAUAAGUAUAUGAGAGGAGGAAUGACUAAUGUGACUUUUGAACAAGCCCUAAUAUCUUCAAUAUUUUUUUCAAUAAUAUGUUGACUGUUUAGCCAAGAGAAUAUUGGUUAAUUUCAGGGUAAUUCAUUAUAUUGACAAGUUUUUUUUUUUUUGGUCUGGAUAACUGUUGCUCAUGUUUUGACAAGAUUACAAAAAUUUUAAGUUGGGUCAUUUUUUUAUCUUAGAGUUCUAGAAAAUGCUCAUUUUUAUAACAGAAGUUUUUUACUGUGUCUCUUGAGUAAACAGAUGUUGUUUUAGGCAAUUAAAGAAAUGCAUUUUGAUGGCUCAUUGUUUGGCAUAUGAAAUUGUUACUAUUAUUUUAUAUUUUAAUACACCACAUGAAAGUUUCAACAACUAUAGUAGAUGUCACUUGACUUCAACCAAACGGAAGCAUGGCUUAAGUGACUAUACCACAAAGAUGAGAAGUUCCAUUCGGUGUGCAUGAAGCUGUGGUUUUUACAGUUUGCACAAACUUCAUAAAUGAUAUUUAAUCUGUAAAACAUGUAUAGCUUUGUUCUAAAAUAAUUCAUUUUUCUUUUCCUUUCCAGGAAACUUCAAAUUUAUAAACACUAGAGAUUAGAAUUUUAUGUAUAAUUCAAGGAAUUAAAAAAGAAUAUUGUAUAGGACUGUCCCUCAGUAGUCAUAUGCUGAAAAUACUCAUUAUGGAACUGUGCAAAAAAGAUAUAUCUGUAACUUUUGCCAGCAUGUUAAUAUUUAUGGUGGCAUGCCAUAAAUCUUCCAUUAAAUGGGCUUUAUGCUACUGCAAUUUAAACUGAAUUAAAGUUCUUUUGUUUAUUUUCUGUUUUAAAAGCAAACACCAUGAGGCAGAGCUGAUAGCCCUUUUGGUACUUAAUUACCAUAGAUGAGCAACUCAGAGACUAUGACUAAAGAGUUUAUUAAAGUAUAUUUUGCACCCAUGAACAAUAUUCAUUGGGUUUUAUGCCUAGUCUAUUAGGUUGAAAGAGUAACCCUUGGCAAUAAAGUAAAUAACUUAGUUUACCAAUUAUUUCUUUAUACUAAAUUCUUGAACAAGCACUAUGUUCCAUAUUAUACAACCAAAAAUCACAUAAUAUGUAUUGUAAAAUUGUAGUGUUUUUGUUAUGGCAUUUAUUUAUGGAAAUAAAUAUACAGCUUUA